CAAUUUCAAUAAAGUGAGACAUCGCCCUGCUAAAACGGUGUCAUGGCGGUUUGACUUGGUUAAAGGUUUUUUUGCAAUAACUUACUAGUUAAUGUGCUUCUUAGCGAUUUGAUAUUUGAUUUAAGUGAAUAAAAUCACGUGUAACUAAAUAGUUAAUAAUGCGUGAAUAUAAAAUAGUUGUGUUGGGCAGUGGAGGCGUGGGAAAGUCCGCCCUGACAGUACAAUUCGUACAAGGCAUCUUUGUGGAGAAAUACGACCCAACCAUAGAGGACAGCUAUCGGAAACAAGUGGAAGUGGAUGGGCAACAAUGCAUGCUGGAGAUCCUCGAUACGGCCGGCACGGAGCAAUUCACCGCAAUGAGAGAUCUAUAUAUGAAAAAUGGACAAGGUUUCGUAUUAGUGUACUCCAUCACAGCACAGUCGACGUUUAACGAUUUGCAGGAUCUCCGGGAGCAAAUCCUGCGGGUGAAAGACAAAGACGAUGUGCCAAUGGUUCUGGUGGGCAACAAGUGCGACCUGGAAGCGGAGCGCGUGGUGGGCAAGCAGCAGGGGUCCAACCUGGCCAACCACUUCAACUGCGCCUUCAUGGAAACCUCCGCCAAGGCCAAAGUCAAUGUAAACGAUGUGUUCUACGACCUGGUCAGACAGAUCAACAAGAAGUCGCCUAAAGAAGACAAGAAACCACAAAAAAAGCCUAUCAAAUGUAUCUUCAUGUAACUGAGGAAGACCAUGUUGCGUCUAGGUAUAGAAUAUUUAAUAAUUUGAAAGACUUCUCGUACCCGGAUUUGGCUGUCGGUUCCAAAAGUUAACUAAAUCGGGUGAGCAUUGUUGCUUGUCAAAUAUCUAGCAUUUGGAGGAUGCGCAUAUGUUGAGCUCCAUGUUCCAGCGCUGCGGCGCAGGUGGAAGAUGCACAGGCAUCAUGGGUCCGCAUUUAUUCCUAUUCUCAAAAAAAUAUAAUAUCAUUGGUGCAUUAAUUUGGUUUUUAUUUCGAGAAUAGACUCAUUGUCUCUGUGCAUCAUUCACUAUAAAAGAAUUCCAAUUGUAUUGUGUGGAUGGCAUCGGGUUCAGAAGUUCACAGCUAAUAAAUUAUCCAGCAUUUGGACUUUACGAUGUUAAGUAUACUAUGUGAGAACCCUCCGUUCUGUUAUCAUUUCAAGAAUUAUAAUACAAGAAUAUAUACAUUACUUUCAAUUCAAGAUAGUUAAUAACUGCUGUUUAUAGUGUAUUUAGGUAUAUAAGUUUUGUUUCAAAGGGCAAUGUUGAAUGCAGACAGCUUCUUGUCAAUUAGGUUAAACAGGAAAACAUACACUUAAAUUACUAUAUGAUUUAUCACAUUGCACACAGCUGAAUAAGAGUACCUAAUAACUUUGUGAAAUGUAGUUAAUAGUAGUUAGCCACCUUUUACAUUAUAGUGAUUGUAAAUAGUGCUCAAAUUAUCCAUUUAUUGUAAAUUAUCUCCUAAAAUUUUAAACAAUGCCUUUGUUUGUAAUUCAUAUGUUAAAAGUAUUAGCAUUUUAUGAACAGGUUCAUACAAGUAACAUUACAAACAAGAUGAGUUUUUUUGCACUCAUUUCUGCAUUCCUUUGUGUUCAGUUUACAAAAUGAGUUGUAUAAAGUCAAGUGCCUUUCCACAGACAUGUGUAUACUGCACAUGUUUGUAUAGAUUUGUUAUGUGUCAAUUGUUUUGCUUUAUAGGUUAUCUUUGGACCAGCAUUGUUAUAAAUUUUAGCAACAUCCUUAUUUGUAUGCUUUUAAACAUAGUCCUGCUGUCUGCAUUUAACAAGCCACUAGGUAAUUGUAAUAUUUUCAAACUUCUGAACUGUUAGUAUGAGAGAUGAUAGUGCUGGUUCUGGUAGGCCUGAACCAUUGUAUAAUGUUUAAAUAAGUAAGAAUACAUUAAAUUUUUCAGAUAUA